GACAGGUCACGUGAUUCUACGUCACAUUCGUUCCUCCCUAUUUCGUGGUUGAAGUUAAAACAGUUCGCUCGUUUUUUGAAUAUUGUUUGCUUGGAUAUAAAAGCAAACAUGGAGAUUGGAGCUGAAAUUAGCAAGAAAAUAAGAGCUGCGAUCAAAGGCAAACUACAGGAGCUCGGUGCCUAUAUUGAUGAAGAGCUUCCUGACUAUAUCAUGGUGAUGGUGGCAAACAAGAAAACCUCUCAGCAGAUGACCGAAGACCUCUCUCUGUUCCUGGGAAACAACACAAUUAAGUUUACUACUUGGCUGCAAGGUGUCCUGGAAAAACUACGGACCGUCGCCGUAGAGCCCGAAUCUCUAAGGCAGCUGCAGUCUGACACGGUUACUGUGCUUGGGAAGAGUCAGUCAUCUGUAGAUGAAAAUGGCAGAGGAGACGAUUUGAAGCUGCUGGCGGUGUCCAGCUCAAGAAGCGAUAGGAUUGAGGCUCCUGUAUCUAGUUCUGCUUACGCCAGCAGGAAAGGGAUGCUGGGAAAGGGGUUCUCACAAUAUACCUCAACUAUUAGGCCUCUCAUGGAGCCGCUCCCCUCAGAAGCUGUUAUUGAUAUCAAACCAGAGAUGGACGACGAUCUAAUUGCUGACGAACCUGUGGAAAUGGGAAACGGUCGCACCCGCGGUGCUGCUAGUCGCCCUACUAUGGAGAUCUACAGACCUGGUCAGAGCAAGUUGUCGUCUAUGAGCUCUUUGGAGAUGUGUCGACCGACAGAUGGAUCCUCGAGCUUAAGGCAGCAGGACGGCAGGAGUAGCAGAACAUCCAGAACUGGGCUGAGCAAGCAGCAAGAGGAGAUGUCGCGGAAAAGGAAGGCGCCCGUUGCGAGUUCUGUUGUUCGAGUGAACCGAGCAGAUGACGAGGACAGCGACGAUGCGGAAGAGGACGAGGCGAGCAGCGGCGGCCGAAGCCUCUCCAGUAGAGUGUCCCUCCCCUCCAAACCGGAGCGAAAACCGACUCUGCCACCAGCCAAGCAAGCCAACAGAAAUCUGAUACUGAAGGCCAUCUCUGAGGCUCAGGACUCGAUCACCAAGACCACGUCCUACCCGGCGAUGCCGCAGAGACAGACCGUUCCUGUGGCGCCUCGCGCUCGCUUGGCCAGCGCCGAAGAGAUGACGGCGGCCAUCCAGCUGAUGCAGAAUCUGCACAGCCUAGCCCCCAGGGUAGAGGCGUACAUGGCCGCAGACCAGCCCGCCUCCAGAACUCCAACAAGGUCAUUAGCUUCGCGUCUUCAGCUAGACCGCGCUGAUACAACGCAGCAGAGUGAAUGUAGUGCCGAAGUCGCCGCUGGCUCUGAGCCCAAGAGCUCCGAUACGCGCUCCUUCAUAAUGAGCCGGCCCGUUAUAGAGGAAGCGUCUGUCCGAAGUCUGCCACAAGUCCAGCAGCCCCCGGGUUUGCCUCGCACUGUCCAGGCCAGGGAGGGGGUCGACUCCUCGAGUCCAAAGUUCAUUGUGACGUUAGACGGGGUACCGAGCCCGCUGGGUAACCUUAUGGACGGAGACAUGGAGCUGGACGAUGUGAGACCACUCAGCAAGGUUACCGAGGCAACUGGCCAGCCGGUUUACAGAGAGCCUAAAGUCAGCGUCCUCAGCAGGUUACAGGGAGUGGUUACAUCAUCAGAAGAUGAAAGGAUGGAGAUGGCGGUGGACGACGACGUUCCUGUGAAGAAACAGAAAGUUAUGGAGCGCUGCAAGUUCUGGCCUGUGUGCAAAAGUGGAGACGAGUGUAUGUACCAUCACCCAACAGCACAGUGCAAAACCUUUCCAAACUGCAAGUUCGGGGAUAAAUGCCUUUUUGUGCAUCCUAACUGUAAAUACGACGCGCGUUGUACAAAGCCGGACUGUCCCUUCACGCAUGUCAGCCGCAGAGGACCUGCCGCUCCUCCACCCAGACCAGCUGUGCAGCCAAGUCAGAGUGCAACUGUGUGUCGCUUCUUCCCAGAGUGCAAGAAGGUUGACUGUCCAUUUUAUCAUCCAAAGCCUUGUCGUUUUGCAACUCGGUGUAAACGGGCCGGGUGUACCUUCUACCAUCCAACAACUGCUGUGCCUCCGAGACAUGCCCUGAAGUGGACAAAGGACAGAGCAGCCAAUUAAGCCCAGAGGGUCUGAUGGUGAAGAGUCAAACGAUGGAAGAUUUCCGUCAUCUGUGUUUCUGAAAUGUCAUUAGUAGAUGUAACAGUUAAUAAUGUUGUUUUAAUGUUUGUUUGGACUCAUUUUUAAGAAUUUUUUGGAAGAUAAAAGCCAGUUUCUGCUGAUGUGCUCAGAAUAUUAAAGACAUGAAAAUGUUUUUAUUUA